CCCAUCUGCCACUGUCUGAUAUGUUCGCGUACUCUGACUUCUUUUGCUAUAUGCCAGUGUCGCCACGAAAAGCCAAAACCCGCUAUGAUGCCGACGUUGGUGGGCGAGACCAUACCUGAGGUCGCCGACGAGCGCGACCAAGCCGCGCCUGGCCUGGAGCCAGUGUGCACCCCUCAGAAGUCGAAGUCGCCGAAAGGGCGCUCGCUUUCGGAUAGUACGCCGCAUCUUGAACCGUCACCCAAGUUCCGCGAGCCCAUACGUGCGUCGAAGGAUGACCACACCAUUGUCGCCAGCCCGCGCACGCCCCGGCGACCAGAGCUUCUCUCCAGAGGACUGUCGCUGCAGAUGCCCUCUCGCGAGACGCCUAUGCCCAGCCCCGCACACUUCGCAACGCGAGUUCCUCUUUCACCGCAACUAGAUUCUCGCAACACGUAUGCUUCGCCUGCUUCACUUCUCCCGCGUCGAUCGCGCGGCGCCGAGUUCUCACGAGCCUGCACCCACCUCCACCACUCGACCCUCGCCGAGCAGUCGUCGCCCGACUCGUCGCCCACCAUCACACAAAAGGGCAUGAUGAUCCCGUCCCGCAAACCCCGGGGCAACUCGAUGGUUCUAGACUCGCCUAACAUUGGCCUGCAAACAUGGGGAAACAGCGGCAGAACAACGGCAGCGUCGAGCUCUGUUGGCAGCAUCAACAUGCUCGGGUCGGACGAUUCUAGCAGUGCGUCUGACGAGGGAGACCCUAUGGAUCCGGACGACAAUGAUGAUCCCAUGUUGAUGACGCCGCAGGCGGUCAAAAACCCGCCGUUUGGGGGACCGCCUGUGGGAAGCAGCCCUGGCAUGUGGUCAAACAUGUUUUCCCCGGGUCACAUCCCUACCUUUAUGAGCAUACAACGUGCGCGAUUGCGCAAGGGCCGGAGUAGAAAGAGCUCCAGCUCCGCGAGCGGCCACAGCUCCCUGGCGAGCCCAGGACCGACUUCACCGCCGAAUGGCAAAAGUGAAGGCUACUUUGCGCGAGAGACGGCGAUUAGAAAAGCGGGGUCAGGAUCGCGUCGAGAGAGCCUCUCACUGUUCACCAACGACCUUCAUAUAUCCUCCGGCAACGACAGCGGGGACGAAGCAAUUCCUAUGCCGCAGACCCCGGGCGUUGUGCGUCGAGCUGUGACCCGGAGAGGCAACUUACUUCCAAAAUCGCGACAAUUCGGCCGCAUCCGAGCCGAGCUCUUAGAAGAGUCUGCACCUGUAGACAGCGAGUUUCGCCGCGAAGCCGAAAUCAUUCGCCAAGUACGGGAAAGUGAUGCAGAUCCGAUCACAGCGCAAUCAUCACCGAACCUACUACCCACCGUUCCCGGUCUCGACGGCCCGCUGGAGGGUGUACCUGAAGAGGGAAGCGAGAGCGGUAUGAGCCUAGAUAGCUCCACAUCGAAAGGCUUGUUCGCUGCUUUCGGACAACCGAGAAACAACUAUGGCCGAGGGUUCUGGCAGCGUGAUGGCCCUGCCCAAACGCCGCCUCCUCCGUCCUUCCCACGCGCUGGAUCCUCCGCAGUCAGCGAAGACAUCAGCAUGGACUCUCCAACAGUCUCGUCGACUUCUACCUCCCUUCCAUCAGGGACUGCUACUGCGCAUUCUGAUGGUUUCGUGCACCCCAGUUCCGUCUCCCGCUCGUCAACGCCGCAGCCUCUUGCUCCGUUGACCGCAGCUGAUGGACUGAAGAAGUCGAGCAAGCGACGCAGAGACGACGAUUUGGACGAGUACUCGAUCAAACGGCGCGCUGUAUCUCCUGGCCUCAGCGUACAUAAUAGCCCGGUGCUAUCGCAGUCUCCCGCAAACCGCGACUUAUGGGGUUCGGCGAAGUUGGCUAAGGAGCCCUCUAGUGGGACCGUUGCCAGUGGGGAGAGAUCUAACAGUGGAUCAAGUGUGACCAUGACCCCAUCGCUGGGACCCAAGAGGAUUGGCUUGCAGGGCAUGACCGACACUAGUGAUGGAUUGAUGAAGAUGAGCAUCGAAUGAGAAGCUGUGGUUUGGAAAGGAAUAUCUUCUCUGUAUACUUUAGGGCUGGCGGGCAUCGCCCGUGGAGUUUCUGGACAGCAAUGGACCAGCGAAGUCCACCUCUAACGACUGUAGCCAUCUCACGUAAUGUAUAUACCCAAGGCUUGAAGCUCGUUCUUAACAGACCGGAAAUCCUGCCAAACGUGGU